AUGGGAUUCUCAACCUCGAAGAGAGUACUAAUACUUGUUCCUUUGAUCCUGCUUGUUAUUUCACUUUCUUCACUUAAUGUUGCUUCUAACUUUAUUGAUGAAGCACGUUCCCUGCUAAAAUGGAAAGCCAGCCUUAACCAGACCAACCCACUCCUGUCCUCGUGGAUUCUUUAUCCUGGAAAUGCCACCAAUACUUCUAGUUCUAGCCACCUUGAAACGAAUGCAAGCCCAUGUUCCUGGCAUAGAAUUAGGUGCAACAAAGCUGGAAGAGUCCAUGUUGUCAACCUCACAAGUUACGGUUUAAAAGGUAUGCUCCAAGAAUUUCCAUUCUCGUCCCUUCCUAAAAUUGCAUACGUUGAUCUCAGUGUAAACGAAUUAUAUGGCAUCAUCCCACCUCAAAUCGGUCACCUUUCCAAGCUUAUCUAUCUUGAUUUGCAAAUUAAUCUGCUGUCCGGAAAAAUUCCACCAGAAAUUGGCCUUCUAACAAAUCUUACAACAUUACACCUCAGUGAAAAUAAGUUAAAUGGCUCCAUUCCAAGAGAAAUGUGUCAAUUAAGUUUGCUUGAAGAGCUUGCAUUGGAUAUGAAUCGUCUUGAUGAUUCAAUUCCUUCUUGCUUGGGCAAUUUGACUAACCUUUUUUGGUUAUCUCUUUACAAUAAUUCACUCUCUGGUUCCAUUCCUCAAGAAAUUGGAAAGCUCUCCAAGUUGGUUGAACUUUACCUGGACACCAACCACCUAACAGGUUCCAUCCCUUCCACUUUUGGCUACUUAAAGAAACUCACUGUGUUAUACAUUUUUAACAAUAAACUUUCCGGUCCCAUCCCUGAAGAAAUCGGAAAUUUGGAGUUUCUUCGGAAUCUAAGCCUUAAAACAAACAACCUUUCUGGUCCAAUUCCGGCAUCAUUAGGUCGUCUAGGGAACAUUGAAUUACUUCAUUUAUACCAAAAUCAACUUUCUGGAUCCAUUCCUAAAGAGCUGGGAAACUUAUCAUCUCUUGUUGAUCUAGAGUUAACAACUUAG